GCGACUGUGGUGGGCUCGGCGAGUCUGAGGGGACGGAGGAGGCGGCGGAAAGGGCGCGGGGAAGAUGUCGGCAGCCGACGGCGACGCCUGGGACGGGAACCGGCAGCGCGGAGCGGGCAGCGGAGACGGGCCGGCGGCUCAGGCGGCCCUCGGGGGACUCCUCAACCGCUUCGUCAAGCUCCCGCCGGGCCAGGGGCGGGGCGGCUCCAGAGCCCCUCCAGCCAGGAGUGGCCACCGCUGUGUCGCAGACAACGCCAACUUGUAUGUGUUCGGAGGGUACAAUCCUGACUUUGGAGAGUCUGGAGGGACAGAGAAUGAAGACUACCCACUCUUCAGGGAGCUUUGGCGAUACAACUUUGCUACAGGCACCUGGCAUCUAAUGGGCACAGAGGGCUACAUGCCUAGAGAGCUGGCAUCCAUGUCUCUUGUGUUGCACGGGAAUAACCUCUUGGUCUUUGGUGGCACUGGAAUCCCUUUCGGCGAGAGCAACGGCAACGACGUCCACGUCUGUAAUGUGAAGUACAAGCGCUGGGCUCUGUUCAACUGCCGAGGGAAGAAGCCAAAUCGUAUCUAUGGACAGGCGAUGGCCAUCAUUAACGGCUCAUUAUAUGUGUUUGGAGGGACAACCGGCUACAUCUACAGCACAGACCUUCACAAGCUGGACCUGAACACCCGCGAGUGGACCCAGCUGAAGCCUAACAACAUGCACUGUGAUAUGCCGGAGGAGAGAUACAGGCAUGAAAUCGCACACGAUGGGCAGAGGAUUUACAUCUUGGGAGGUGGCACUUCCUGGACAGCCUACUCCUUGGACAAGAUCCAUGCCUAUAACCUUGAAACAAACACCUGGGAGGAAAUCACAACAAAGCCUUACAAGAAAAAAGAAUUCCCGGCCGCCAGGAGAUGUCACAGCUGCGUACAGAUAAAAAACGAUGUCUUCGUGUGCGGAGGAUACAAUGGAGAAGUCAUAUUGGGAGACAUCUGGAAGCUGAGCCUGCAGACCUUCCAGUGGGUGAAACUCCCUGCUCUUAUGCCCGAGCCAGUUUACUUCCAUUGUGCUGCUGUGACUCCGGCUGGCUGCAUGUACGUCCACGGCGGCGUAGUGGACAUCCUUCAAAACAGACGGACUGGUUCUCUCUUUAAGAUGUGGUUGGUGGUGCCCAGUCUCCUGGAAUUGUCCUGGGAGAAGCUUUUAGGAUACUUCCCUCACUUAGCAAACCUCUCCCGAUCACGGCUUUUGCACCUUGGACUCACACAGGGACUCAUCGAACGCUUGAAAUGAAAACCUCCUGCACCUAAAACACUAAUUUAAAAGUGACUCUGCCACCCAUUCUUCCCCCCCCUUCUCUUUCUCUCCGUUUUUAUUUAUGAGUACUGCAGAGGAUGCUGCUAAGGAGCUAGAAAGCCCUGCUCCAAAGCCUUACUAGGAAAAUGCAUCAGCUGCCUUUCCUGUGAAUUUUUAAGUUUAUGGAAGUCAGCUUUGUUAAAAAAAAAAAAAAACCUUAUGGAUCUCUAUAAAUACAUCACGAACUAAAGAUGCUGUCGCUGAACUAAUUCGUCCUGCUUUGGCUGCAUGCUUGUAUUUUUAAGAUGGGAAGGCGGGUGGGCAUUCUAGCCUUCGUCUGCCAUUCUCCUAGCUGUUGUUUCGUAAGGUGUGCUUCACGACUUUGCUAAAGUGCAGCAGUUCCGGCAAUAUGACAGACAGAACGGGGCCACGUCCAUGGCGCGCACACUGGAAUUCAUCCCACUCAAGCGGCUCUGUAUCUGCAAACUGUUGAAAGGCCUACAUGGUAUGUUCUCCACAGGCUGUUACUUCCAGAGGUUGCAGCUGGAAAAGACUGGCGCAGCAUGCUGUGACGUCCGAAAAUGUGUUUUCCGUUUCUUGCCUUUGGACACUGAAAGGACUGGCGGAUGCAUUGCCAGGCCAGCCCCGGGAAGGCAUUAGAAUGUUACCGAGCCUUACAGUUCCUGCUCUUAUCUGACACUGAAGGAAUUAAUGGGACAGAGGAACCGUAAGACAGGAGUGCGGCCUCUUUUGUUUUUUUUGCUGUUGCAAGUUGUGUAUGAGUGAAUUUGAAGUUUCGUGCCUAGUGCCAUAACCAAACCACCUGCCAGCUUUUCCUGCUGUAGCUAUUGGUGGAAUUGCCUUUGCUUUUGUUUUCUGUGCCCUUUCUUACUUUUAACAAUCCCAUCUCAGUGGGCCAUCAAUUUUUUUUCCAAGAAAAAGCUUCAUUAUGAACUGAAUGUUCCUUCCAGGAAGUGCCACAGUGGGUGGGGGGGAUCUGCCAAACCCAUUUGCUAGGGGAGGCACUUUCUUCCAGCUGGAGGAGCCCUCUUCUGAUACAGGAAGCCCUUUUGCCAGUGAAGGCGCCUUUGGGGGAAAAGCUCCUCCUGCUGGCAGUAAGCCCCUUUUCUAGUGGACCAGAUCUGCAGGAACCCCAGCCCUUAGGGGGAGUUGAGAGAGGGCAAGAAGUUUUGCCAUUUUUUUGUGUGUGAACAGUAUUUGCCUUUUUUCAAGCAUUGGAAAAAGAAACCGUGUUUGUGUCUUAACCACUGUGUUCCAAAAUGAUUCUGGAAAUAAGUUCUGUAAAAUGUAUCAACACAGCCAUCCAACGAAAAUUC